AGUUGGCCAAAAAAAACAAAAACGACAGUUCUCUACUGAUUCUCCAUCAGGGUUGUAAGUAGAGGGAAAAUGCGGAAGGUGGGCAAUUUAGUACGGAAGGGAUGCAAAGCUGUUCAGGAUCUGAACUUGGUCAAGCUCCUCCAGUCUGAAAUUCAACAUGAGCUUUCCUCUAACCAUUAUCCGACAAGCAGAAGCAGUUCAUUGGGAGAUUUUGUGGUGGAAUGGGAUUCACCGCAGUCCAAAGAUGUGGUUUUGAGGAGAAAAUUGGAGUCUGGUGGAGAGGUUGCUGUUUCAGCUAUGUUGGGUCCCUUUUCUGAUACCACUGACAGAGAGGAGUAUUUGUAUCCAAGGGAUGUUGUGAUGAAGGUAUGCGUGAAGAAGCCUGGGUUGAGCUCUAUACUGCAGUUUGACUGUGAGAUAUUUGAGCAAGACGGUAUUGGUUCUUCGUUUGCAAUCUGGGAAUUCUAUUAUAUUCAAUCACCAGCUCGAAUUGGCCCUUCGGUCUAUAGGGGUCCCUCAUUCAGCUAUGUGGAUAUCAAAUUACAUCUUGCACUCAAGGAAUAUCUAGUGGCCAAGGGUAUUGGAGAAGAGCUUACUAACUUCCUCUUGCACCACCUACACAAAAAAGAACAAGGGCAAUAUGUGAACUGGCUACAGAAGCUUGAAUCAUUUGUUGCAAAACCAGAGUCAUAGACAGGAAUCGUCAAAUCGAUCACUAUCAUUUGAUGUAACUAAAGAAUUUAGGUAGGUAAUGUACUUAGACCAUAAAGAUGCCAUCAUUUUUUGGUUGCUUUGGAAGGACCGAACACGACUUAUUCCAGGCUCAACUCAUGUCACUUGCCACUUGGGCAGGGUUUUAAAUGUAGAAUCCCUGGAACUUUUUCAAGGGUAUUUUUUUUUU